AUGUUCGCGGACGCCGGAUGCGCCGACCCGGUGUACGUGAACAGCUUCAUCCUCGGGCCGGAUGUGUGCGGCGACGACAACGCGUCGCCGCCGUACCUCGACGCCUUCGGCUCGCUGCGGCUCGCUGCGGCUCAACGACCCGUGUUCAACGUGUACGCAGACGGGGCGUGCAAGAACCUGAUGCGAUCGUACGACGUUAAGGAGUGGGCGAGCGAGUGGGGGACCAGCGCCGACCGCUGCGUCGCGCUCGGCGACUUCAAGGCCGUCGCGUUCCUGUGCUGGGGCUUCGAGGGCAGGAAGGGUGGUAAGGACCGCCUGGACAGGCCUACCGCCACCACUUCGAGCUCAUCCUCCUCAACUCCUUCAGCUCCCACGACUUCUACUUCCGAUGCUUCGAGCAAUGCGACGGCCGAGGCCGCGGCCAUUCCGCCCGCGGCUUCUGUAGUGUCAUCUAGUACAGCCCCGCCGUCGGCAACCGACAGCCCCUCGCCGAAUUCAGACGCGACGGCCGCGGGUAGCAGCAACGGCGCCAGCGACAGCUCCCCGACGCCACCGGUGCAGACGAGCAUGGCGGCGACGGGCUAUGCGGGGCUAGGUCUGAUCCCAGGCUUGGUGGCGUCUUUGCUCGUCCUUGCGGCUGUGAUAUGA